UUUAGGCAAGGGAGGUGACCUGGCUGCUAGUGAUGGCGAUUCCGGCGGACACGCAACUUUGAUAUUCUUCACUGGACUGCGGCUCCCCCAGCAAUGGCGGCGAGCGAAUUCUCAACCGGGUGCUACUCGUCGGAGCUAAUCCCGCCGCACAUACGAGCAACUCUCCGCCAACUCCAUUGCCACUCCUCAUUGAUCGCCUCCUCCGCUCGCCAUUGCCAGGAGAUCGAGGCUCACCUCGACUCCGCCGCCGCCACCAUGGACGAGCGGCGGAGGGAGCUUGAGUUGAAAGAGAAGGAGCUGGAGAUUGCUCGGACGGCGGUGGAACGGAGGUCCCUAGAGCUGGACGCGAGAGAGGAAGCUUUCGAGCUGGUCCAGAAGAAGGAGAUCGCCGACAUGCGGAAACAUAUGGAGGCGGAGAAGGAGUCGGCGGAGAGGAAUCUGAGAGAGCUCGAGGAGAAAGAAGAGGAGUUGGAGAUGCUGGGGAGUUACAUCGAGGAAAGAGGGAUUAUGGUCAGGGAAAAGGAGCUCGCGGUCGAGGCGAAGGAGAAGGAAAUCGAACGGAUUUCUACCGAUUUGAAGUCGAGGGAGGGAGAGUUGGAGAAGAAUUUGGGUGAACUGAGAGCGAAGGGAGAAGGAUUCAUUGAAGAAACGGAAUCCGGAAUUCACGAUCAUAAUAAUCCAAGAUCCUUGAGGAAGUCUUUUGAGGAACAGCCGAAAGAGCUCGAGAUAAGCCGCAAGCAAAUGGAAACAGUGGCGACUUCGCUUUCCAACACUAUCUCUGAGCUCCAGGCGAAAGAGAAACAGUUGAUUAAGGUAAGGAACUUGAUUGCUCAGUAUACUGCUGAAUGUGAACUGAAAGAGAAGCAGUUGUGCAUGGCGGAUAGGGUGCUUCAGGAUAAGGAGAGGGACCUGGGUUCUGUGCAACAGGUGCUGGAAGAACGUAGGGAGGAACUUGUGGGCAAAGAGAAGAUACUGGGUUACUUGCGGAAUUGUCUGGCGGAACAGUCAAAUGAGCUUGAUUUAAGGCGGAAUGAAAUGGAGAAAAUCACAAAGUUGCUCUCGGCUUCUAGUUCAGAGCUCCGGUCAAAAGAGAGGGAGUUAGCCGAGGCAAGGAACUCGAUUACAGUCUGCAAUGCUGAGUACGAAUUGAAGGAGAAGCAGUUGGGUAUGGUGGUUGAGAAGCUUCAGCUUAAGGAGAAGGAAAUGUGUUCUGUUCAACAUACGUUACAAGAAUGCGGACAGGAACUCGAGACUAAGCAGAAUCUAUUAGGUUCCUUACUAAGUAUAUUGGACCUGCUCAGGGAGAAGGUUGGUGCGAAAGAGGAAGAAUUAGGAUCUCUGCAGAAGUCUAUAGAUGAGCAGAGAAACCAAAAUCAAGCUGGAACUGUAGAUGGAGCCCUUCCCUGUGAAAGCAACCCAGAUUCCCCCCUAAAAGAGACAUCGCUGCCUUAUUUGAUCGAUGAUGAGAUCUCUACUGCAAUUCAGCAGUCACCAGACCCAGCAAAGAUGAUCUUGGACCAGUUAAAAGAGUCGAUGUCCCAGAUCGAUGCCAAGAAGUACAACCAAACUGUAGUAAGGAAAUGCAUUGUUACGCUGGAGCAGUUAUUGGGAGUCUCGGGAAAGGUAAGUCCUGAGAUGGAAGAAGCAGCAACAAGACUGGCUAUUUCUUGGAGGGGGUAUUUAAGUCAGGCGGCUCAUGGUACAGUGGAUGUUUUGGCAUUCCUCUUGUUUUUGGCUGCAUUUGGAGUUGGCUCUCAUUUUGAAGCAGAGGAUACGUUGCAAUUGGUCGAGGAGAUUGCCCACCAUGAAAGAGCUCCUGAGUUAUGCCGUUCCAUUGGACUUGCAAAGUGGAUACCUGGACUCAUCCAGAGACUGAGCGAGAAGAACAUGCAUAUGGAGGCCAUUAGAUUCACUUUGGCAUUCAAGCUAGCUGAAAAAUUCCCACCAAACCUUUUCCUAUUGGACUACUUGGAGAAGACAAGGACCUUUGAGAAUGGGAACGACUUGCUUGAAUCACAAUGCCAGGCCCUGAACAACCAUCUCGAUUCCUUAAAAGUUAUCUCACAGCGUGUGGCAGGAUUUGGUCUCGACCCGAGUUUCUUGAACCAGAAGAUCAGCAACCAUCUCCAGGAACUGGAGACUGGAGUGGGACGCAAAAGAAGUUGCUUGAUAGCAACUGGUCUUGUUAUACAGAGCCCACGGCAUGCUGGUGCAACACUUUCUGGCAACAUAUUGGAGCUGGGAAGUUGGAAUCAACAAGGACAAAGUAACAAGCGGCCGAAGAAGAGCUAGAGCUAUAGAGAGUGUGGUAUGUUUAUCGUGCAAAUAAAUGUGAUAGAUUAUAGCUAACAUAUGUUUGUGAAUGAACAUAAUAUCUAUUUAGCUUUAACCCAUCUAGAUGUGUAAUAUAUGCACAGCUACUGCUAGUUUGCUGACCAUGUAAUUUGGGGUCCUCAUGAGAGAUCAUAAUCCACAUCUCAUCUUUCAUUUGGCCACAAAACAAUGAAGUUUCUGCAAAUACACAAAAUAGGCCCCCUAUUUUCCCCUGUACUAUUCACAACCACCCUAGGCAGUCAUUCAAAACAGCUAACAAUACAUAGGCAUUCUUCCCCAAAACAGCUCUCUCCGCCACCGGCUAACAGCUGAUUCUGCCAAAAAAAAGUUCUAUAAACAAGACAGCUAAAAGAAGCUAAGCUGUCGGAGAACCAACAGCAUCGACAGCCUUACUAUUGUCCAUCGCCGCUGCCGGUCCACCAGCUUCAGGAAGGCUAGCUGUUUCAACACCGCCAGCUUCAGGAAGAUUAGCUGCUGGCUCAGAGCUUUGGGCCUCUGUGGUAGCCUGGGGUUUCUUCCUCUUUCUCUUCUUCAUGAAAGAAGUCCCUCUGGCUUUAUCCUGUUCCUCCUUCAUCCCCUUCAAGUAAAACCGCACUUCCUUGGAAGCAAAAGGGUUGGCCUUGGGAUCAACUCCACAUUCCUCGCAGGCAGCUCUCAGCCGCCCAAUCAGCGAAUCCUGGCUGCCCCAGGCUUGCUUCAGUGGACAAUCGCACGACGUACCCUUCUCCUGGCUUCCAUAGUUGGCACAACCCGCAAUGUGCACUUUCGUCUUCCCAAAUUGAUCCAUGUGCUUCAUGUACGCAAUCACAUCAGCUCCCGUGCAUAAUGGCACACUUGAAGAAGCAGGAUGCUUCAGAAUCUUCGAGUAGUAAAACAAAAACGUCCCCCAGUCUCUCUUCUUCUGUGAUUCGUACCUUUUAGAAAAAGGGGCAUUCGCAGUCGCGGUAGCAGUUGUUUGCUGCACUCCAUUAUCCUUUCCAGCGUCCAAGUGCUUCUCUUCCGGAAGAGGCUUGGUUGCACUUGCGCACUUGUCACUUAAUGAUGGCUCUUUCUCCUCCAUUACUUCAUCUCCAGGUCCAUCACUGUUUGAAGACUUGUUCAGCUCAUCAACUGGUUCGAGAUGGCCAUCGCUCUGCUUUUGUGAUUCGGUCGAGUAUUGCAAUGUUGUCGACUCCAAUUGUUGCUUUUUGCCUGAAUGAGGAUUUUCCAAGGAAGACUGUGUGAUUGACGAUUCGGGCUCUUUCUCCUUCUCUUUUACAUUUUCUGUAGUUCCUUUGUCUCCAUUGUUUUUGCCUGCGCUGGCCAAAAGGUCACCUGGAUCGACCUGGCCUUUCCUCAUUCGCUUCCCAGGCUUGCUCCGAGCCCAAUAAAGAAACUUCUCCGAGUCCACGUCCUCCUCUAUCCUAUUGAGUGAAGAAAAGCAGAACUUGGUAUAAUCACUCAACGAAGUGAACUGCUCUUGCUUCCUCUUCAGCUCGAACCUUUUCAGUAACUGACGUCCUGAAACAAGUCUCGUGUCUGGAUAUCCCAGAGAUUCUUUCUCUUGAACCCCUCCUGGAUUCUCCACCACCACAUCAUCUAAUUUCUCCCUCUGCAAAUGAAGCUGCUUCACAUUUCCAUCCUGAACUUGAUUUUCGUCUAGAUACAUCUCAUCGAAUUGCUUCCCUAGUGAAUUAAGCUUUGAUGAGAUCGACUCCGGCUCUUUUCCCUUGGCAGAGCACUCAGUUACGAUAAUAGGAUUGAUCACAGUACUACCGCAUAUCGUUCUUUUAUCAUUAAUUCCCCCACUUGUUUCCCUAAUCAACUCAGCAGCUACCGGAUCAACAGAGCACUCCUGUUGCUCAUUAACCAAGCUCUGCAGCUGGUAAAUUCUCGUCGUCCGCCCCUUCUUCAACUCAUCCAACUUUUUCUUUUUCACCUGAAGCUGAGAAUCAGGGGUUGGAUCAGAUCUCUCUUGUGCACAUCCCAGAGCUUCUAAAUUCUCCUCCACAACCAAAUCUAACUGCUCUCUCUGCAGAUCGAGCUCCCCGUUGCCAUCCUCAAUCCGAUUUUCAAGUGAACUCGUCUCAGUCAUCUCUUCCUGGGGAUCAGGCUGUGCUGCUUGAGGUGAGGAGGACCAAGUUGCAGGCGCUGGUCCCAGUUCACUGCCCCUUGCAGUAUCUAAUUGCAUCUCUUUUAGAUGAAGCAUUGUCGAGGAGCUCUUGAUAGGCUCUGGUUCUUUUUCAUUGGCAGAGCACUCUGUCACAAUACUAGGCUUGAUCACAGCACUACUGUGUUCCGUAUCUAUAUCUUGGUUUUCUUCACUAUUUGUUAUCAACUCAGCAAAUGAAUCAACAAUGCAUUUCUUCGGUUGCUCAGCAUUUAACGAAGCCGACUUGUUGACAGCAUUGCAUUCCGGCCCUUUAUCUAUGGGGCCUUCACUGGUUUCCUUGACCAAACCAUCAGCAACUGAAUCAACAAGACUCUUCUCCGCUGGUGCAUCACAGCUUGAAACAACUUGUGCACUUCCGGAUUCUUUCUCUGUUAACCCUUCAUUCUCCUCCACAGGUACAUGCAACUGCUCCCUCUGCAAAUCAACCUUCCCAUUCCUCUCCCGAAUCUGAUUUUCGAGCAAACCCAUCUCUCCCAGGUUCUCCUGGAUGGAUGAUCCACUUGCAGCAAUGGAUACCUCUCCAUUAAUCGGCACAAUAUCUGCUUGAUCCGGAGCUGAAUCAAGAUUCUCUGAACACUUCUUACUUGGCUUUGUGGCCGCUUUUUCCUGGGCAGACAACUCUGUCAUAAUAGAAUUGAUCACAGCAUUGCAUUCUGCCCAUUUAUCUUCAUUUCGCUCGCUUAUUUUCUUAAUCAACUCGGCAACUGAAUCAGCAGAGCGCUUCUUGUGUUGCUCCUCGAGCGAGCUCUGUACCCUAUCCAUUACCUUCUUUGGCUUUAGCGAAUCCAAGUCGAUAACAUCAUUGCAUUCCAUUUCUUUAUCCUCAGGUGCUCUAUUGUCUUCCUUCAGCAAACCAUCAUCAGCUGAAUUCACAUGCCCCUUUUCCACUGGCUCCUUACCCAAGCUUUCAUGUAUCCUAUCAACUGCAUCACCAUUCCUCUUCUUCUGUCCAGUCUCAACCAGACCUCGAGAGAAAGCAUCAAACCACUCCUUCCCUUUCUCCUUCUGUUGGGAACUGCUCUCAUCCUUCUGCUCCUUCUCCGUCUCCUUCGACCGCUUCUUACCUUUGCGCCCACUAGCCUUCUCUCUGAAAUCAUCACCAAAGCCUUGAACAAUCUCGAAUUCCAUCCCCUGCAGCUCAAGCGUCACCUGAGGCUCCUUAUUUCCUUCCAUCUCGAGCCGGCUCAACCUUUGCUCAUAGUCAUGGACUCUGGAUUCCAGUUUCUUAAUCCUUUUUUCUCUGACUAUCAACUUGCCCAAUCUCUUCCCAAAUUCUUCCUCUCUAUGCUUCAAAUCAUCAGACUUCCGUUUGAUUUCCUUCUCCUUCGCCUUGGUCGCUUUCUUUUUCUUCUCCACCUCAACCUCAUUUGCCCUAACCCGAACCCUUCUCUCCUCGAUGUAAUUCCCUAGCAUCUCGAGUUCCUCUUCUCUUUCCCUCAGCUCUCUUAGCUUCCUCUCGAUCGACUCCUUCUCCGCCUCGAAAUCCCUCCUCGACUUGAACAGAUCCAACGCCUCCGCGACCUCCUUCUCUCUCGCGUCCAACUCCAUGGAUCUACAAUGUCCACCAGUUCUUCCGCCGCUUCCCUCUCGAGGUCCUGCUUCCGCCGCUCGCCCAUGGCGGCGCCCGCGGACUCGACUUGACCGUCGAUUUCCUUCCUGCUGAGGCGAUGAGCGAACGAAGCGAUCUGUGAAGACAGGAGGUGGCAGUGGAAUCGGUGGUGGAGGGUUUCGUGUAGGUUGGGCGGAUUCUAGUCGGUCGAGCUUCUUGCGUUUAGGAAUUCGCCGGCCUCCAUUAAUGGGGAUACGCACACGCAUUCCACAGAGAAGAUUAAAGUUUCGAAUAGUCUGCCUGAGAAGGAAAAGUCAGUAUUAUUGUUGCAGAUCGGCUGAAAUGCCAGGAAGAGAAUGAAAUCGGGAAAUGGAUGAACGAAGAUGAAGAAAUGGUUUCCCCCGUGGAAAUCGCUCAUCACUGUUCAUUAGUGGGAAAGUAACCCUAACUAUGAAACUUGCUUUCUAAAAGCCCCUGAACUAUGGAAU